AAGAGAAAUUUAUAUAAUUUGUGGUGUUGCCAAAAAAAUAUGUAUUAGUAUCAAGUUAGCAACGCAGUUACUUGAGCAACUAACAAAAAUACUUUGACAUUUAAUCAAGUGAUAUUAUGUCAAGGAUAUUUAUUGAAAAAUAAUAAGGCAAGCUAAUUUUAAAAUAAUAUGAUUACAAAAUAGGUCAUUUUAUAAGUAGAUUAAAUAAAACUACCACAAAAAUCAACAACGGCAAUACUAUGAACAGGUUUAUCUUAAGUUAGGGCGUGUUGUUUGUUUUUUAAAAAAAAUUAAGGAAUUAAGAAAUUAAAACGAGCUAAUUAUUGCAAUGAUUCAUUUGUUUUACAUAAUUUUACUUUCCAUAAUUUGGAAUCUUGAUGUCACUUUUGGCAUAUGGUGCUACAGAUGCACUUCGGCUAUCCCAGGAUGUGGUGAAAAUUUCAAUUGGAGGGGGAUUGGAUAUUUAGGCGAUCAAUGUCCCUAUGACCAAGAUAUAUGCGUUAAAGUAAUAGAGAAAAAAGGAGCACAAGUAUCUUAUACAAGGGACUGUCUUAGUUCACUGAAUUUUCGGACUGACAUUCCAUCGGAUCAAUAUGAAGGAUGUCGACCAGCUGUUCGAGACGUUCGACUUGCUAACUAUGUUAAUCAUACAAUAAAAGAACACGAUGUCAAAAGAGAUUACUACAACCAUGUGGAAUUUUGUUUUUGCUUUUUAGAUCAUCGUUGCAAUAAUGCUAAUAUUUUUAGAUCCUGGAGUACAGUUUAUUUAGUACUAUUCUUUAUCGUUUCGCGAAAGAUAUUCUAAUAUUAUAAUAAGAUAAGUUAUUAAAAUAAAAACCGUCCAUUAAUUUUAAUAAAAAUCUCAUAAAAACUAUGCGAUGGUUCAUUCUUUUGUAAAACAAAUGCUUUUGCAAACGUUAAGUUAUAUAAAAACGAUAGUUUUAAAAAAUUUUUUAUAAAUGCAAUACUGCAACACAACUGCAAGAACAAUGUGGUGGUUGACGUAUAUGCGAUACAUGCAUUUUCAACUACAUAUUCUAUAAAAUCAAAUCAGUUCAUAUAACUUAACUACUGCUUUUACUAAUCUCGCUAUAUUGGGGAAGUUUAGUUCAGCAACAGUUUUUUAUGAACAUCAAUAUAGCGCAGGUUUUACAAUAUAGGAUGCCCGCGACUCUACUAUAUUCCUGUAGUAACGUGAUAGAAUGCCUCUAGUCUAGAUGAAAAAGAAACACCUAGUGACAUUCUGCCCUAAACAUCCUUUAUAUUUUAUUGAUAACCUUUAUAUUUUUAUUGAUAAUUCUGAAAAAGUAUCAGAUAAAGGCAAUUUUUAGAAGGUGGUUUUAUCAUGAGAACUGGUACUCAUUUAGAAGCUUGUGAAAUUCCACUUCUAACUGCAUACAAUUGUUGUCGAACUUGGAAAGUUUUUGUUAAGGUAAACAGAAUUUUCAAAAAAAAAUCAAUUUUUAUGGUACUAUCUUCUCAUUUCUGCAAAAACAAAAAUCGAAUUGUAUAGUAAGGGGGUUUUCGUAAGGGAGUUAGAACCAAAAUUUUUUAAGUCACAGCGUUAAACAGUAUGCAAAUAACAGAAAUUACAUUGUUUAUGAAAUUGUAUCCCAAUAAUUUUCACCGUUCAAUUCAUUGCAAAAUAAGGAAAUUUUAAGAUUUGAAGGCUUAUAAUUAACGUACCUUAAUAACCCUUCAAUAUUUGACUCUGCCGUUUUG